AUGGCUGACGCGCAACCUGCUGCCGAUUCGUCGAACCCCUCCCGGGGCAAUCGCAACCGUGGAAGAGGCCGUGGAGGUGGAGGUGGAGGUGGAGGCGGAGGAAACAACGCUGGGUCUCGCGGUAGAGGGCAGAGGAGCGGACGCGGCAGAGGCGGUAACAAUGCUGGCGCCGGAGCUCAUACAAACACCCCGAGCGCACCGCAAGUCGCCCCCAAGGCCGAAUCCAAGCCGCUUGCUCGCGCCGCGACGGAGGGUGACGAUACCGCAAGCACCGACGGCGAGGUGUGCUUUAUUUGCGCAGAGCCUAUCAAGUUCCACUCGAUUGCGCCAUGCAACCACAAAACAUGCCACAUUUGUGGUCUGCGUAUGAGAGCUCUGUACAAAACUAAGGACUGCCCUCAUUGCAGAACACCCUCGCCUUUCGUAAUCUUCACCGAGGAUGCAAACAAGCGAUACGAAGAGUACACAGACGCCGACAUUACAAGUUUCGACAACAAUAUCGGCAUCCGUUAUACAAAUGAAGAAAUCGUGGGUGAUACAGUCGUCCUUCUCCGCUACAAUUGUCCGGCGGACGACUGUGUCUUUGCCGGUUUAGGCUGGCCAGACUUACACAGGCACGUCCGGUCCGCCCAUCAAAGGAAGAUGUGUGAUCUGUGUACCCGUAAUAAGAAGGUGUUCACCCACGAGCAUGAACUGUUCGCCGAUAAGGAGCUUGAGAGGCACAUGAGACACGGAGAUGAUAAGCCUGGCGCUAUUGACCAGACUGGCUUCAAGGGUCACCCGCUUUGCGGCUUCUGCGGAUCGCGAUUCUACGACGACGAUAAGCUCUUCGACCAUUGCCGUGAGAAGCACGAGAGAUGUUUCAUCUGUGACCGGAGAGAUUCUAGGCACCCCCACUACUUUGUUAAUUACAAUGCGCUGGAAAAGCACUUUGAAAAGGACCACUUCCCCUGUCUUGACAAGGAGUGUCUGGAGAAGAAGUUUGUGGUGUUCGAGUCGGAGAUGGAUCUGAAGGCGCACCAGCUGGCGGAGCACGCCAAUUCACUUUCCAAAGACGUCCGUAGGGACGCUCGUGUGGUUAACAUGUCAGGCUUCGACUUCAGGCCAAGCUAUGAGAACGAGAGAAGAGGCGGAGGCGGCGGAGGAGGAUCAGGUAGCGGGCGGCAAGGACGUGGACGUGGCCGAGACCCCAAUGCGGAGCCGAUACCUCAGAGCUCUGCUCAACCUCUUCGCCGCGACGAGCUUGCUUUCCAGAGACAGAUGGCCAUCCACUCGGCGCAAUCAGUAUCCAACCGCACUUUUGGUGGUCAGCUCUCCGGCUCCUCUGCUCCAGCACAACCUACCUCAUCCCGUCAAGGCAAUGCUGCUGCUGCUUCCUCCGCUGCUCGUCCCGCAGCACCUGCUCCAACACUCCCUACCUCUGCAAUGGAGCAGUUGAACGUAACCGACGUCGCAUCCUUGCCGCCUCAAGAGCGCGCAACGAUGCUUCGCCACCAAUCGGUCAUUGAGCGCGCCUCAAACCUACUAGGAAAGGACGAGUCUAAGAUGAACACCUUCCGUGAGCACAUCUCGUCUUUUAGAAAAGGAAAGCUUACUGCGCCGCAACUUGUCGACGCAUUCUUCUCUCUUUUCGCCGACGCUUCGUCCAAUGCGCUCGGAACACUGGUCCGUGAGGUUGCCGAUCUGUUCGAGGACAAGACCAAGGCCCAGGCUCUACAAAAGGCAUGGCAGGACUGGCGAGCCAUCAACGAGGACUAUCCGUCCCUGCCUGGUUUGGGUGGUAUGCAAGGCGCCACCACGGCCUCAAGCGGCUGGGCCAGUGCCGCCACUGCUUCUCCCGUGGCGCCUGCCGCGGCUCCUACCCAGAAGCACUCUAACCGCGUUCUGCGGCUCAAGAACAGCACGCGUGCGGGUGCUGCAGGCCCAAAGCCCGUCACACCGUCCGCCUCGUCAAGUAACUGGGUAUCGUCAUCGCCGGCCGUCCGCCCGCCACCAUCAUCCGCCUUCCCCGCCCUCCCCGCCGCGUCAUCAUCAUCUUCGUCAUCUUCGGCAGCUCCCCGGCCAUCCUGGAUCGGCCCGAACAACCCUUCAUCCGGCGGCGGAAGCAGAUCAUCUGGUCCUGCAGCGCGACCUGCAGGGCGACCAGCUGCUGGUGGCGACGCCUUUCCGGCGCUGCCUCCGGCACAGAAGCCGCUCACGACAAUCUUUGGUUACGGCGGCGGUAGAGGUGUCCGGCGAGAUCUCGGAGGCGCCUCAAGCAAUUUCAGCUGGGGCUCGGCUCCCGGAAGCGGCGCGGCAAGCGAGAACGCUUCGGAGAGGGAAGAUGAGGAAGGCGCUUCUUCAGGCGGCAAGAAGAAGAAGGGCAAGAAGGUGCUUGUCCAGUGGGGAUAA